CUCGUGUCCUUCCUGUCCCUGCAGCUGUUCGUCAUCGACAACGGAGCCGACGACUGGCGCAUCGCCAUGACGAUGGAGAGGGUUCUGCUGAUCUCUCUGGAGCUGCUGGUGUCCGCGGUGCAUCCCGUGCCAGGAGACUUCAAGUUUCAGUGGCGGGCGCGGCUGGCCUUCUCGUACGCGCCGUCGCAGGCCGAGGCCGACCUGGACAUGGUGCUGAGCGUGCCCAUGUUCCUGCGCCUCUACCUCAUCGCCAGAGUCAUGCUCCUGCACAGCAAACUCUUCACCGACGCCUCCUCCAGGAGUAUAGGCGCCCUAAAUAAGGUGCAUUUUAAUACACGGUUUGUAAUGAAAACCCUCAUGACUAUCUGCCCCGGGACGGUGCUGCUGGUCUUCAGCAUCUCUCUGUGGAUCAUCGCUGCCUGGACCGUGCGAGUGUGUGAGAGGUACCAUGACGCUCAGGAUGUGACCAGUAACUUCCUGGGAGCCAUGUGGCUUAUCUCCAUCACCUUCUUGUCCAUCGGCUAUGGAGAUAUGGUUCCUCACACUUACUGUGGCAAAGGAGUCUGUCUCCUCACAGGGAUCAUGGGUGCGGGCUGUACAGCUCUGGUGGUUGCCGUGGUAGCCAGGAAGCUGGAGCUCACCAAGGCCGAGAAACACGUACACAACUUCAUGAUGGACACGCAACUCACCAAGAGGAUAAAGAAUGCAGCGGCCAACGUGCUGAGGGAAACUUGGCUCAUCUACAAAUCUACCAAGCUGAUGAAGAAGAUCGACCACUCCAGAGUCCGCAAACAUCAGCGGAAGUUCCUCCAGGCCAUACAUCAAUUACGCAGUGUGAAAAUGGAGCAGAGGAAACUCAGUGAUCAGGCCAACACACUAGUGGACCUCUCAAAGAUGCAGAGCGUCAUGUAUGAGCUCAUGUCGGAGCUUAACGACCGCAGUGAGGACUUGGAGCGCCAGAUGCUGUCCCUGGAGUCGCGGGUGGAGCAGCUCACCGCCGGCUUCAACACCCUGCCGGCCCACCUCUCGGCCACCCUCAGCGCUCAGCAUGCCGCCCUGGUGCAUUUGCUUCGAGAGAGGGAUUCGAGGGACUGGAGAGGCGGAGGUGGUGGAGCAGGUGCUGUUGUCCCGCUGUCCCCAGCUGUGUCUGUAACUGCUGCUCCACCUUCACCAGUACGGGUUUCGCCUCCAGCACCGCCCCCAUACCAAGUCCCCACUUUGGCCUUGGAGUCCCCUCUGACGCCCCCACCUCGCAGCCCCGAGGGGAGCCUGGAGGCGAGUCCCAACACCAGCACCUGCACUUCUAGCUGCUGAGACAGCUCUGAGGAGCAGGAGAGGACUUACCUGGAGAGAAAACUGGGAGAGAGUAGGAGGGAGGCUGUGCUAGUCCGCUUACUUCAGAUUAAAAGGAGAGGAACAUGGAGGGAGGAGGAGAGAAAUUGGAGGUGAUCCUCUGAAACCAACGCUCCAUGAGGGAGGGAAGAAGACAGAACUAUGAGAAGAAAUAAUGGGAUUAAGAUGGAGAGUCAGGAUGAAUGAUGAGACAUCUUAGGGACUUUGGGGCACUUUCCUUGAAGGAGGAAGGAGAAGAAAAAUGGAGAUAAAAUGGAGACGCUAAAAGGUGUGAGGGGGAGGAAAGAUGUCAAGAGGGUGAGAAAUGGAGGAAGAGAGGAUGUGGAAGGGGAAGGAGAGGGGAGGAGAAAUAAGAAGAAUUAUAUGAAUCCACUCCAAUUACUGAAAAGGGCCUUUAUUCUCUCUCUAUCUCGGUCUUUUUCUCUCUCUCUCUUUCCUCCCCCCCUCCCAAUAUCUCUCCCUUCAUCAGGAAUUAAUGACCAUGACUUUUUAUCCUUAUGAUGUAUUUUCUAUCUGAAUGCUAAUUGUGUGUUAACGAGCAUCCCUUUAACAGAAAGUUCGAUCAAUACGACCGUGAUAUUAAAAAUAAA